GCCCUGGGCGGAGUUGCUGGGUUUAAAGAGCCGGAACCCACCUGGAUUCAACACAGCCCCAGCAGCCUCUCCAAACCUGCCUUUUGCACCUGGCUCGCAGCCCUGCCCUGAAGCUGUAUCAUGAAGAGAGUGACCCGGACCCUUCUCCUCACAUUGGCAGGCCUGCCUGCCUUGGAAGCCAAUGAUCUGGUCGAUAAAGACAGUCCCUUCUAUUAUGACUGGGAAAGCCUGCAGCUGGGUGGGAUGAUUGUUGGAGGGCUCCUGUGCAUCGCUGGAAUCUUGAUAGCCCUGAGUGGAAAAUGCAAAUGCAAGUACAAUAAGAAGCACAGCCUCUUACCUGAGAGGGCCACUCCACUCAUCACUCCAGGUGAGACGGGCUUCUUUGGCUUCUUUGAGAGGCUUCCAGGCACUCAGGGAGGGUGGCCAUAGUAUUUGAGUUGUUAAAUGUUAUGCCAUGUGUAAGGCAGGACUGUCCUGAGCCAGCCCAGCCUUGGGGUCUCCGAAGGCUGAGGGGGUUGUCUUGUAGUGACCAGGUCUAUGAGGAC